AUGUUCAGAACUUCUCAAAAAUAUUUCUGGAUAAAUAAUAGUUGUGGUGAUUGUUUUCAUGCAUAUGAAAACAUCAUCACAUCUUUAAUUCAAUCUAAUCGAUCAAUUCUACUAACAACAUAUCGAUAUAAAACAGCAAAUAUAAAUGCACGAAAUUAUUAUGAAUUACUUGGUAUUGAACGUACAGCAACACAAAAAGAAAUAAAACAAGCAUUUUUUAAAUUAUCAAAAGAAUAUCAUCCCGAUUCAAAUUCAGCUGAUAAAUCACUUCAUAAUAAAUUUGUUAAAAUCAAUGAAGCUUUUAGUAUACUUAGUAAACAAUCUACACGUACUACGUAUGAUCAAUCUCUUAGUUCAAUAUCUCGUUCUUCAUAUCAACCAUAUGCUCGUCCACCAUCAGCAGAUUGGUCAAAUGUAGAUUUUGGUAGUCGAAACACAUAUGAACGUCGAUAUAAUACAAAUAAAACAAAUUGGAAUGCAUCACAUCGUGAUGAAUCAUUUUAUGAAGCGUUUCGUCGAAAAAUGGAAUCUGAUAGACAACGUUCAAAUGAUUAUUCAUAUUAUUACUCGCCAUCACAAAGUUAUCAUCAGAAUUAUUUUGCUCCCAUAUCUAUUAUUUUAAUUGUUGUUGGAUUUGGUAUGUUCAUUCAUGCACUUCAAUAUCGUAUUAUGCAACAUUCUAAUUCACAAUAUGCUAUUGAUCCAAGAACUCGUCAUUAUCGUGCAUAUCGUGAAUGGCAACGAUUAAGUGCACUCAAAGAUGUUGAACGUGCGCCAGUAUCACGAGAAUCUUCUUCUUCAUCAAUUCAAGAAGAAGAAUAA